GCCUUCCGGCCCGAACGGCUCUUGCGCGACGGUCCCUAAUGGCCGCAGGUCCUACCAUCCCGCGGCCCGGCGGGGGGGGUGAGCGCCCAGCGCCGCGGGAGAACUGCCGUCCGAAGUGACGGCCACCGCGGUGCGGGGCAGGUCCCUGUUCUUCGCUAAGGUUGGCAACCGCCGGCGGGGCAGGCCGAGGGGAGCCCUCCGUGCGCGGCCACUCGCGGCACUCCCCGUCCGCCUGCGUGGUACGUCCCGCCGGGGCCGGGCGCCGCGUGCGCAGUGCGGGGCGGCGGCGGCGGCCGGACGUUGGGAGCGCGGAGGAGGAAGGCGAGAAAAUGGCGUCGACGGAUUAUAGUACCUAUAGCCAAGCUGCAGCUCAGCAGGGCUACAGCGCGUAUGCACCUCAGCCAGCUCAAGGGUAUGCACAGACCACCCAGACAUAUGGGCAACAGAGUUACGGAACCUAUGGACAACCCACCGACGUCAGCUACACACAGCCCCAGACGACUGCGACGUACGGGCAGACUGCGUAUGCAACAUCCUACGGGCAGCCUCCUGCCGGUUACACCACCCCAACUGCCCCCCCAGCGUACAGUCAGCCUGUCCAGGGGUACGGCACAGCCGCCUACGAUACUAACACCGCUACGGUUACCACCACCCAGGCUUCCUACGCAGCACCAUCCGCUUACGGCACUCAGCCCACCUACCCAGCCUACGGGCAGCAGCCAGCAGCAUCCGCUCCCGCAAGACCCCAGGAUGGCAGCAAACCAGCAGAGACCAGCCAGCCGCAGUCCAGUACGACAGGCUACAGCCAGCCCAGCCUAGGGUAUGGACAGAGCAACUACAGCUAUCCUCAGGUGCCUGCCAGCUACCCGAUGCAGCCAGUCACUGCGCCUCCCUCCUAUCCUCCUACCAGCUAUUCCUCCACGCAGCCAAGCAGUUACGAUCAGAGCACUUACUCCCAGCAGAGCACCUACGGGCAACAGAGCACCUACGGACAACAGACUAGCUAUGGCCAGCAAAGCAGCUAUGGGCAGCAGCCGCCGCCGACCAGUUACCCACCCCAGACCGGAUCCUACAGCCAGGCCCCAAGCCAGUACAGCCAGCAGAGCAGCAGCUACGGCCAACAGAGCUCAUUCCGUCAGGACCAUCCUAGCAGCAUGAACGUAUAUGGACAGGAAUCCGGAGGCUUUUCAGGCCCGGGAGAGAACCGGAAUAUGAGCGGCCCUGAUAGCCGGGGCAGGGGAAGAGGGGGAUAUGAUCGUGGAGGCAUGAGCAGAGGUGGGCGGGGAGGAGGACGCGGUGGAAUGGGCAGCGCUGGAGAGCGAGGUGGCUUCAAUAAGCCUGGUGGACACAUGGAAGAAGGACCGGACCUUGAUUUAGGCCCACCUAUGGACCCAGAUGAGGACUCGGACAACAGUUCAGUUUAUGUGCAGGGACUCAAUGAUAAUGUGACCCUGGAGGAUCUAACAGAUUUCUUCAAACAGUGCGGUGUUGUCAAGAUGAACAAGAGGACUGGGCAGCCUAUGAUAAACCUCUACAUCGACAAAGAAACCGGCAAACCUAAAGGAGAUGCCACGGUAUCUUAUGAUGACCCAUCUACCGCCAAAACAGCUGUUGAAUGGUUUGAUGGGAAGGAUUUCCAGGGGAGCAAGCUCAAGGUUACCCUCGCGCGGAAAAAGGGCCCGAUGAACAGCAUGCGAGGGGGGAUGCCCCCACGCGAGCAGCGGGGAAUGCCUCCCCCGCUCCGCGGAGGUCCAGGGGGGCCCGGAGGCCCAGGGGGACCUGGCGGCCCGAGCGGCCCCAUGGGCCGGGUGGGAGGCAGAGGUGGAGACAGAGGUGGCUUCUCCUCGAGAGGACCACGGGGAUCUAGGGGAAACCCCUCCGGCGGGAGCGUCCAGCACCGAGCUGGCGACUGGCAGUGUCCCAAUCCGGGAUGCGGAAACCAGAACUUUGCCUGGAGAACAGAGUGCAACCAGUGCAAGGCUCCUAAACCAGAAGGGUUUCUUCCACCCCCUUUCCCCCCUCCAGGCGGAGACCGCAGCAGAGGCGGCCCCGGGGGGAUGCGAGGUGGGCGAGGAGGUGGCCUCAUGGACCGUGGGGGACCCGGCGGCAUGUUCAGAGGUGGCCGUGGCGGAGACAGAGGUGGAUUCAGAGGAGGCCGGGGUAUGGAUCGAGGUGGCUACGGAGGAGGCGGACGGCGAGGAGGAGGAGGACCCGGGGGUCCCCCAGGACCCCUGAUGGAGCAGAUGGGAGGCGGAGGCAGAGGUGGACGGCGCGGAGGACCGGGAAAGAUGGACAAGGGUGAGCACCGCCAGGAGCGCAGAGACCGGCCCUACUAGGGAUGGACCCCGCAGAGCUGCAUUUACUACCAGAUUUAUUUUUUAAACCAGAAAAUGUUUUAAAUUUAUAAUUCCAUAUUUAUAAUGUUGGCCACAACAUUAUGAUUAUUCCUUGUCUGUACUUUAGUAUUUUUCACCGUUUGUGGAGAAACAUUAAAACCAAGUUCAACGGUC